AUGCAGCCUAGUGCCCACCCUACAUAUGUACGCUGGUUAACCAAAACCGGAGCGCAAUAUUCAGCAGUGGAGUAUUCAAACGUAAUAAUAGUAGAGCGUAAGGAAUCUGCAGAAGCAUCCCAGGUCAUACCAGAGUUUAGGCAAGAUGUUUCUGAUUCCAAUUUACAUGGAGAGUUUGCCGAGAUAUUCGCUGUGAUCUGUCGAGACUGUUGCAUUGUGUCCCAUUCGGGUCACGCGCUGGCGAACGCGUCACGUGCAGCGAGUGAACGUGCCCGCAUGCUGACCGACGCAUGCGAGCGUGCCAGGCACGUGCCGGAAAACGUGGAGAGGGCCAUCAGGAUCAUCAACUCACAAGCAUUUGAAGCUGAUUCCCGCGCGGCUGUUGUGGAGGGCGAGGUGCAGGCGUGGGCGGAGCAGUACAGGCGCGCGGUGGAGGCGCACGUGCGCGCGCUGUGUGCCGCCGCCACACGUGCGCGCGACCAGUACCGCCGCCAGGUCGAUGACCGCACCAGGCAGCUGGAGGACAACGCGAAAGACGCCCAGCAUGCGGUCAAGUUCGCCGAGGAGGCAGGCGACUGCUAUAGGUUUCUGAUCCUAGUACCCCAGACACCGAUAGUACUUCGCGAUACCUUCGGAAGGAUCGAUCUAGAACCAAUCAAAAAUUUACUACCUCAAGUUCCUUCGUGCUUCGGAAGACACUUCGAGGCGUCGGUGCCGGCUCCGUUAACGAAAUCAUCGAUCAAGCGGCCGGCGUCUUCGAUUCUGCCGAAUCCUGCGUCUGAUAUGUCAGUUGUGCGCGGCCAGGUGCUAUCGUCGGCGCGCGAGGACGAGUUGCUGUCGCUGUACGGCGCGGUGGCGGCGCGGCUGCAGCGGGUGUGCGAGGCGCGCGCGGGGGGGGCGCCCCGCUGCGAGCUGCGCUUCGCCCCCGCCGCGCCCGCGCCCCACGACCCGCGCCUGGUGGGCCGCCUGCUCACGCGCGCCGCGCACCCGGACCACUGCCUGCUCCACACUGACGGUCACUCGCCCUAUAUUACAUAUCUUUAG